AUGGACGCCUCGACAACACAAGCACAGCCCCUCGCGGACCGCCCGACCAACACACACCUCGCCAACGCAAACACCGGCGAUAAGUCGGACCUGAAGGCCGCGGACCUCUCCUCCAUGGAGCAUCAUCGCCAAAUUCUGCAGGGCAAGCUUGAGAGCGGCGAAAAACAACCCUCUGCCUACGUCUCACCCUCAGACGACAUCAUGAGCCCGUGUACCAAGAAACUGAGUGACAUCAAGGGCAAGCGCUUCAAGAAUGCUGGCAAGCCUCAAUCGCUGUUCGCCAAGCUCGGAAAGAAGAGCUACGAGCAAUCGACAUCUGCAUCGCAAGCUCCGGUGGCUGAGUAG